ACGAGACUCCAAACCGCACAGUCCGCUGUACCCCGCGAGCCCAGAUCGCUGAGCUCAUUCAUGGACGCCGCGUUAUUCCAGAUCUUCAUUGGAGAGUUCGGGGACCCGAACUGCAGUCUCAUGGAUGCACUGGAGGCCACUUUCUAUACCAACACUUCGGUCGCUCUGCUGAGUCUCGACGGGCUCUACUGCAAUGCCACCACCGAUGAGAUAGGAACUUGCUGGCCAAGAAGUACCUCGGGGCGAAUGGUUGAACGGCCGUGUCCGGAGUACAUCAACGGCGUGAAAUACAACACUACAAGGAGUGCCUACAGAGAGUGUCUAGAGAACGGCACAUGGGCCUUCAAGAUCAACUACUCCAGCUGUGAACCCAUUUUAGAGGAAAAGAGAAAGUAUCCAGUGCACUACAAAAUCGCCCUCAUCAUCAACUACCUGGGACACUGUAUAUCCGUCGGAGCACUCGUCGUGGCCUUCGUGCUGUUCUUGUGCUUAAGGAGCAUCAGGUGCCUUCGAAACGUAAUUCACUGGAACUUAAUCACCACCUUCAUUCUGAGGAACGUGAUGUGGUUUCUGCUGCAACUGAUUGAUCACAACAUCCACGAGAGGAAUGAGCCAUGGUGUCGCCUCAUAACUACUAUCUACAAUUACUUUGUGGUGACCAACUUCUUCUGGAUGUUCGUGGAGGGCUGUUACCUUCACACGGCCAUCGUGAUGACCUACUCUACAGACAAGCUGCGCAAAUGGGUUUUCCUCUUUAUCGGCUGGUGUAUUCCGUGCCCGAUAAUUGUUGCGUGGGCUGUUGGGAAACUUUACCAUGAAAAUGAACAAUGCUGGUUUGGAAAAGAACCUGGAAAAUAUAUUGAUUACAUUUAUCAAGGCCCAGUUAUAGUGGUCCUUCUCAUCAACUUUGUGUUCCUUUUCAACAUAGUACGGAUUCUCAUGACAAAACUACGAGCCUCCACCACUUCUGAAACAAUACAGUACAGGAAAGCAGUAAAGGCCACUUUAGUCCUGCUACCCCUCCUGGGUAUCACGUACAUGCUGUUUUUCGUGAAUCCUGGGGAGGAUGACAUCUCUCAGAUAGUCUUCAUUUAUUUCAACUCAUUCCUGCAGUCCUUUCAGGGCUUCUUCGUGUCCGUCUUCUACUGCUUCCUGAAUGGGGAGGUGCGCUCUGCAGCCCGGAAGCGCUGGCAUCGCUGGCAAGAUAACCAUGCCCUGCGUGUGCGGGUGGCACGGGCCAUGUCGAUCCCCACCUCACCCACACGCAUCAGCUUCCACAGUAUUAAACACACCACCGCCGUGUGACUGUCCACACACACACGCACACACACAGUAUUAAACACCACCGCUGUGUGACUGUCCACGCACACACACACACACACAGUAUUAAACACACCACCGCCGUGUGACUGUCCACACACACAUGCACACACUAUUAAACACCACCGCCAUGUGACUGUCCACACACACACACACACACACACACAAACACACAGUAUUAAACACACCACCGCCGUGUGACU